GGAAGGGAAGGGAAGGGCUGGGAGGAUAUUGAGAACCGUAGAGGAGUGGGAGAGUAGAAAGCGACUGGGAAAAGAGGGGAGACGACGUUUUUUAUGGCCAAUUUCUCUUCCUGUCCUGCGCGCGCCCAAUUCGAUUCGGAGCCCUAGCUUGAUUUUGGAUCAUGCUCCAUGUUCUCCCCGAAACCAUGGAGUCCCAGGAACCUGCACCCUUACCCUUGGAAAGAGGAGAAGGAGGCGCAGAGGCAGGGAGCGGGGCGUGUGCCUACGCCUGCCUUUGCUGCCGCUCUGCUUCUUCUCCCUCAUUUUCAUGGAGCCUGAGCAUGAAGCGGAAGCUGGAGGGGAUGGACGACGAUGCCCCAGGCGACGACGAAGCCGGCGCAGGCGUGGCCAAGGUGGCGAUGGAGAUUGAAGUGGAGGCCCUACGUCAGGCCCUAAUCAACCACCACCAGGCGGUCCAGAAACUACAGGUGGAGCUUGAGGAGGAGCGAAAUGCUGCCGCGUCCUCUGCCACUGAGGCUAUGUCGAUGAUCCUCCGCCUGCAGCGAGAGAAGGCUGAGAGUUUGAUGGAGGCACGCCAGUUCAAGCGUUUUGCCGAGGGGAAGAUGGCGCACAACCAGCAAGAGAUCGCGGCUCUAGAGGAUCUGCUAUUCAAGCGAGACCAGGCCAUCGAAGCCCUAAGCCGUGCGCUCCAGGAAUACCGCCAGCGCCUUCACAGCCAUGGCAUCUAUAUCGAUGGCGAUGCGCCUCCCUCGCACGAAAAGAGUUCCCUCGACACGGCUUCCUGUUCAUUCCCCCAUUUCGACCUGCUUCUUCGCGAUUAUCCCCAAUUUGAUCAGCACGCCUUAGGUUUGAGUCCUUCUGAGCAAUUCCAGAAUCUGAACCGCCAAAUCAGCCAGCUCGAACGGAAGUCAAGCAACGAUUUUUGUGAAGUAAUGGACAAGACGGUUAUAGUGGGACAGUCACCAAGCGACCCAGUUUCAGGCCUCGAGUACAAUAAGGGAGAGGAUUGCCCCUCCACAGUUGACUGGGCGUCAGAUUGUGGUGGAAAAGAUGAUACUAAUGACCAAGUGCAAACGGUGGAUGCUGUGCGCAUGGUGAGUGAAGACUAUAUCAGCAAACCAAGGGAUCUCCAAAACAGUAUCGGUGUAAGUGGCGGCGUUGACGAAGACGAAAUAAGGAAGCUUUUUACGCGGCUCCAGGCACUUGAGGCUGAUCGAGAAUCCAUGAGGCAGUCCUUACUUUCCUUAAACAUAGAUAAGGCCGAGCUAGUGUUGUUGAAAGAAAUUGCUCAACAAAUGUUCAAGGAAGGUGAUACAGAGAGAAGGAUUGUGAAGAAACCACCUACCGUCAAGAGGUUUUCUUUCAUUUCGAUGAUUAAGAGUUUCUUCUCAUUUUUCUGGAGACCAUCUCAAUUACGAUACACCUUUGGGCUCUCCGUUGGUAUUGUUGGCUUGUUGAUGCUCCUAGAAAAAUCUAUCUCAGAGAAAUCUAUCAACACAAGGCAUGGAAAGCAUCUCCUUGGAAGAGCAUAGCCACAAGGUUGACUUUUAGUUCCUACUGCACCAACACUCAACACAAGAUCAGAUAUGUAAAUCGACUAGGGGUAUUGAUGUUAAUUGUCCAUUGGCAAAUGUAUUCUUUUUUCUUUUUUGUCUAUAGGGGGACCAUUCCGGUGGGGAUUUUAUCUUGAUUGUCAAGCUACUUUUGAUAAUACGUCUUAGCAGCGAAUGUAUUCUUUCAUGUGCCUUAAAUGUGUGGACACUGGUUUGAAUUUUACUCUCUACUUUAGUGUGAUUAUUUUGUGUAUAUUUUGACAUUCUCUUGACUGCU